GGCGUCACUGCACGGCGAUGCGUUCAGAGGGCUGUCCCACGUGGAGGGAGAAGCAUGGAGGCGAAGGCGGCGGAGCUGGCUUUGGACGGAGCGCAGAUUAAAAAAGCAGUUCAAGCCUUGCUUGCCUAUAACGCGGACCAACAGAAGUCUGGAGAGAAAGUGCUGUUGGAUGUAGACCAGAAUGUCUUUUUGAUGGUCACCGUCUGGAAAAUCCCACCACAUGAGCAAGUGAUCAAAAUAAACCUGCCUCACAGCAUUCUGCCAGCCGCUUCCGAGGUUUGCCUCUUCACCAAAGAUGAACCCGGCUUAACAGCGGAACAGACCGAGAACUUGUACAAGAAGCUCUUGGUCCAACAUGGAAUCACGUGCGUCACUGAGGUCAUCUCUUACAAAACGUUGAAAACGGAAUACAAGCCCUUUGAAGCCAAGCGACGCCUCCUGAGCCGGUUUGCCCUUUUCUUGUCCGAUGACCGUAUUAGAAGAUUGCUGCCUUCGCACAUGGGAAAGCAUUUCUAUCUGCGUAAAAAGGCCCCUCUGUGUGUGAACUUGAAAGCCAAAGACUUAGCUAAAGAAAUCAACAAACGCAUCCAAGGAACGACCCUUCCAGUCACUAACAAGGGCAGUUGCUACGUGGCUCGCGUCGGUCACACCGGCAUGGAAGCGUCAGAGAUCACUGAAAACGUUAUGGCAGCAGCUCAAGCGAUAUCUAUCAAAGCCCCACAGGUCUGGAAAAGCGUUAAACUUCUCCACCUCAAAACAAACAAAUCCAUUGCGCUUCCCGUCUUUAACUCUGCUCACCAGGGUGAUGCUGCUGUUCCAAAAAAAGCCUCUGGAAUCAAACAGGCUGGGCAAGGAAAGAAAAAGAAAAGCAAGACUAAACGGAGGACCGUGGGUGAGAUAAACACCAAAGGCAGCACAGAUGGGGCUCCUGACGUUGACAAGCUCAAAGGAGACAGGGAGGAACCCUCUGCCCUUAAAUCGAAGGAGGAGGAGGAAGAAGAGAUUCCGCAGCUGGUUCCAAUUGAAACUUCACCUGCUGGGGAAAAGGAGCAGGCGGCAAAGCCAAGUUUGCGUGCAAGAAACGAGCUGGGGACAGGCUCUCCGAAUCUCCGUAGCAAAAGGAAGAAGAGCGGUCCGUCUGCAGAGACUCCCACCCCGCAGCCAGGAACACCGGGAGAGGCCUCGCCCUUGGAGAAAUCAAAGCCGCUUCGGCCUGGCCGAAAAUGCAAGAUCCCCAAGCGAGAAUUUUUGGAAAAGAUGCAGACAAAGGAUGCUCAGGAGCCCUUGGCAAAACCUGCUGUUACUCCUAAGAGGCUGAAAGCUCCCAAAUCAGACAAGAAGCCUUGUAAAACCCCUAAACGUGUACUGAGGAAAAUGAAGGUGCCGCUUUCGCUGUGAGCAGAGGCAAAUGGCUAUUUUCACGUCAGGAUCAAAGGAGGGUUGGCCGAAAAGGCGCCUUCGUUCAAUGCUGGUUCACUUGUAGAACACCUUGUGUUUUGUUUUUCAUUGGGGGCUGGGAAUAAAACAGACCUACUUUA